AAGCCCUUCCGGAAUGGUAUAAAAAUGGGGCGAAGAAAAUGAUACAGCCUUACAGGUGUUAGGCUAACAUGUCGAAGGGAGGUGACUCGAUGUGGCAGAGUAUUUGUAAAAAGGUUGCUCUGACGUUUGGGUUCAUCUAUGGGCUUUAUGCCAUAUUUUAUGGCGUGAAGCGGAUGCACCCCAACACCUGGAAUGAACGACCGACUGAGAUAUCCAGUAUGAUGUGGAGAAAAGACCCAGUAUUAAUAGACAUUCACAGGUUUUCAGAGAUCUCUGCUCUUUCCACUGAGGUAACUGUGGUGACAGCUUACUUUAACAUUGGAGCAUUUGCAAAGGACCUUUCUGGCCCAAGAACUCCAAGUGUCUAUCAUAGAUGGAUGAGUAUUUUUGGCAGGUUAGACAAUCCAUUAAUCAUUUUUUCUGACCAAGACAAUGUGCUGGAAGUUUUCAGAAAACUGAGAAGCAGGUAUCCUCCAAAUCGGACUAAAAUCAUAAAAGUUGAGAAGACGGAAUUAUGGGCAUUCUCACUAGCACCAAACAUCAGUGAGAUUUUCCGACAGAAAGACUACCCAGCCCAUCAGCCGAACACCAUCAAUGAGAACUACUCCUGUGUGAUGCACGCCAAGUUCGAACUCAUGAACCGAGUCAUCCGAGAAAAGCUCUACGCAACCAAAUAUAUCAGCUGGCUUGAUAUAGGUCUGUUUAGGGCCGUCACACAUGAGAAGCACUCUUUUUUAAUGCAGAUCCCACCGGACUGGAAUGAAAACAAAAUCGCCUACAGCGAGGUGCAUGAAUUUGACCCGUCCUUGACGCCACGUGACUGCAUCUUCAAGAAUCUUGUGUGGGUUUCUGGAGCCAUGUUCAUGGGUCGACCGGAGGUGCUCUAUCUGUACACGAAGGACUACAUGUCUGCCGUGAAGAAGCUGAUUGGGCAGAAGCUGAUGAGCACGGACCAGCAGGUCAUUUACAUCAUGUAUCUACCCAGUUUUAACUUCCAGCCUCGCGUGGAGAUCCAGACGUACACCACAUACAGCAACGAUGACUGGUUCUAUCUGGGAUACAUGCUUAAGGACAAAUGGGAAAGAUAUCAGAUUCGAGAGUUAUUGCCCCUUGUUAGGUUCUUUUUCUACCACUUGUAAACUUAUGUCCCUCCAUGAUGUCACUUAAUUGUUUUACCCUUUUGAAAACCACAUUAUUUGUGGAGUUUUAGAUCAGCAAUUUUUUAUCUCUGUCAUUUUAGCAUAUUAUACAAAACCAUCUGUAAUGUUUUAUCAUGUUUCUUGUUUGUUUAUUUUUGUUAAUUUAGUGCUGUGUUAGAUAACUUUUUUUUUACUGUAUAUUGUAUACAGUAUGUUUGUA